UAAAGGCAUGCGCCACCACCGCCCAGCCAGGGUACACUUUUAUAUCCUAAAUAAAAGUGUCUUAUGUUCAAGGUUAGCAUUACCCUCCAUGUUGAUUGGUUGCACUACAACGACUUUCAUGUUCUGUAUGGAAUUGUUUGACCUUGAUCUCCAAAGAUCUAUUUCAGAAGGCAAUGGAUACCUGUGAUUGUCACUGUUGUCACAGCAUCCAGCUUCUUUUCUAGAUUAUGUUCCACCAUGUUAAAGUGGAAUAGUUGUGCAACACAGUGACUAAAUGAUCCAAUAGUCUUCAGGAUUGGUGGUAGUUUUAUUUUUAGCCACAGUAGGGAUUCAUGUGUAUUAUCAUUUUUAAAUGAUUUUUCUAUACCUAGGAUAAGCUCUUUUACCUGCCACACUUAGCUAAUUGGGUAGAGUUUAGCUUCCUUUUGUGAAAGCAGGGCCCACUUUUUCCCUCUUGUUUUCAUGAGUACCUUUUAAAUUAUCUCUGUGUGUUCAAGUUCUCUGUUACUAUGGGUGGCCAUCACAUAGCCACCAAGAGCUAAAGUACUCUCAAGCCAAAUCCCUGGAGUGAACUAGUACAGGAAGGGCUACUCAUAUUGCUAUAUAGAAAGGAUAAUUCACAGUUCUUUUAGAGUUGUAGCUCUAGGACUUUAACAGUUAAUCGUGCCAAUUAAGAAAAAACAUUUCAGUGGGAUUUGCUCCAUUAAAGGUGGAUAGUUUGGAAGACAUGUGUGUGUGUGUGUGUGUGUGUGUGUGUGUGUAACAGAGGAAAAGAAUGAUGUAUGUAUUUAUGCACUGAGGCUCUGCAAUGGCAUGUUGAUAAUAUGGCUUAAAGGUAGCUACAAAACAUUCAUCUAUACCGUGAAGCCUUCACAGUGCUCACUAUCAACUGAUCUUCUGGUUCUGGCUUGGGUGCAUAGGGUUAUACAUUCUUUAUUUUCUGGAAAAUGGUGGUGAUAACAACCAGUUCUAGGUUAUAAUAGUGAAACUAUGUGACAGGAGACACACAGCUCCAAAUAUUCAUCCUAUGUGCUUCAUAAAAGGAAGCUUGCUCCAUUUAACAAACCACUCUGGCUCACAUUGAUUCCGUUGUUCCACAGUACAUCAUGUCAUGUCGUACAUAGUGCCAGGAGCUGCUACAGAUACUGGGAAUUUAGGGGUAACCAAUGGAGAAAAGGCCCUGUCCUGUUAGAUCAGAUUUUUUUUUCUGAGAAAAAUAAACAACUUCAAAGGAGGAUUUUUCAUUAGUGAAAAUGUUUGAAGGAAACUGCCAGGGCUGGAAAAUAAGGAGAUUUUAAGGAAGUGACAUUUGAGUUAAGGCCUGAAUUAUUAGAAGGAGUCUUCUGCGAUAAGAGAUGGUAUUCUUGGCAGGUUCACAGGCUUUGAGGGCCACAGCCUUGGCAUCUAUAUAUCUGCAUGAAGGUCAGUGUGUAUGGAUGGGGUAGUUUUGAAGGGGGGCAGGAUAUGCAAUUGUGUACUAGAGCAAAGCUUAUUAAUGGCUUGAAGGCAAGAAAAGGUUUAUAAUUAGGCCAUCUUUUUUCCAGACGUGCAUACAUGAUGUGAUGUCCCUCUCUCCAUUUCAUUUGGUAACACCAAUGUCAAUUGGAAGUGAAUUGUUUUAAAAACAAAAUCAUGUAAUAAAUUUAUGACCGGUUCAUUGUGUUUGUAUAAGAAGUCAAAAUCAAACUAGAUAUUGAAUGCAUACCAAGAAGAAGAAUGCAUUAAGCCAGAGGAACCCUGCUUUGGUGACACUGGAACAAAGAGAGGGUUUGUCUACUGAGUAUCUCAGGAUGACCUCACAUGCUUAUAUGUUUAGCUACCGCUUUUUCUUGAAAUGGUCAGUUAAAUUUUAAAGAUUUUGAAAUGCAGAAGAUGAAAAUCUUGUGUUUCCUUAUGCCUUUACAUUCUUGGUGUAGUUCUAAGUCUAAUUCCAUUUCCUUCCACCUGAACAUUUUCCUUUGAUAUAUUUUAUGGUACAGAGCUGCUAAUGGCAAAUUGUCUAAAUGUUGACUUUUGUAUAAAAUACUUGCUUAUCCUUCAUUUUUGAUGGAUAUUUUUCCUGACUAUAAAAUUCUUGGUUGAUGCUCUUUUGUUAUAAUACUUAAUUGUUUUCUUUCUUUUGCAUCAUUUCUUUUCUCCAGCUACUUUUAAGAUUUUCCUCUUAGCAUUUGUAGAAAUUUAAUUAUGAUAGUAGCUCUCUCUCUCUGGCUUCAUUUAGAUAGCAGCUAUUGCCAUGUCUUCUUGUUUUCCACUAUUUCUUGUAGUAUCUAAUCUAAUCACACUCAGUGAAAUUUUUAUUUCUCUAUAUAUAUUUAUCUACAAAAAUUUCAUUUGGUUCUUUCUAUAUCUUCUGUUUCUCCCCAUGUCCCUGUUUUUCUUUCGGUGCUGGGGCGUAUAUUUAAGUUUUUACAGGGCAGAUCUUCUGUAAUUUGGGCUUUAAGGAUAGACAAAUCUUAACCGUUGAAGCAUGAUCCCUCUGUAUUGGCUUCUGAAUGUCCCUGGGUAUCAUAAAGACUCUAUGGGUGGUGAUCAGACCUUGAACAUCUCCCUAUCUUUGUAUGUCUUGGAAACUGUUCAUCUUAUAGUCCUUGGGAGGUUCAUUCAAUACUUGUAGUCAGAAAAGAUUCAAGAAAAGCCUUAUACAUACCUUGUUACUUCUUUUUCCUACAUAGCACAAUGCUUUCUGAACUUUGGUCUGCAACCUUCAUCUUCCCCUACCACCCUGAAUGCUAGCUAGCCUUCUGAUGAGGUUGCUAAGCUCUGUUUGUUUGCUUUCACCUCUUCUACACUCUCAUUCUGGACAUUGCCUCCAGGCAGAGCACUGAACUGAUGACAGAAUCGCCUCAUUUGUUUCUCUGGGGAUCUUGAACCUGUGCUUCCUACCACCCUAGUAUUUAAAACUAUUGUUGAAAACUUGUUUGUGGAUGUUAAAUCUGUUCCUUGUUACUCCAUCAAGGCCAUAUGUGGAAAUUUCCAUUCACCUCUUCUAAGAUACCAUAUUUAAGUCUUUCUGGAGUACCUGGGUUUUUGUCAUCCUUCUGUUAAUGCUAAAAUGGUUCCUUUUCACUUAAUUAUGAGUUGAAUUGAGUUGACAUCAGAACAUGAACUAGGUGGCUGUUUCUUUGAACUCACUGAAGUGGGAAGCCUGUAAUGCACAGGCAUCUGUGGUAAGCUUCCAAUAGCUCACUUACUUGGCAACAUGGAGGAAAAGGUCACACACACACACACACACACACACACACACACACACACACACUUCAGAUCUUUUCUUUAUCAAUGUAAUAUUUGAAGAUCUUUUCUUAGAAAUAUUUUUCUCCAGCUGUUUUUCCAACCUCCCAUUUUGAUAAAUAACAUAAAGAGGGUUCCUCCUGGUUUUCUCCCAAUGACAUGUUACACUAGAAUGUGCUUUUAAAGGCCCCACUGCUAGUAAAGUCCAAGUUCUUGCUCUUUGCCAUCUCUCUUCCUUUCAGUGGCCCCAUCAGUUUCAGGUGUCCCUGAAAGGACCCCUUAUCUCUGAGUUAUUUCUUCUGGUACUCUCUUUAGUGUGCUUCCUUCCUGUGUCGUGUGUGUAUUGGCCUCAUCCAGGCUUACUUUAAGGAAACCCUGUAGUCAGCCAGUCUCUGGCAGCUAGUGUUCCUGCCAGCAACUCUCUGUAGCUGUCUUUGACUCUGCCUAGGCUAGCAUUUGUUUGUCUUAUCUUGCCUCCCUCUGGCCUACCUAUAUUAAUUCUUUGCCAGCCUACUUUCCUACUGUUGCAUAUAUGUUUUCUCAGGCAUACUCAUGUUCUGCCUUGCCAUUCAGCCCCACUUGGGAGAGAAGACUCUGUAAGAUUUAAAACUAGGGAAUAGGAAGUCACUAAUGCCAUCCCUGGGGACCAAGAAACAGGGCUGUUGUCACUCACAGCUUUUUUCACUUUCCUUAGCUCCACCUGCUCCCCAAGGUCUUGCCCUUCCCCAAGAUGGAGCCCCAGGAAACCAGGUCCUGGCAGUCCCUCUUGAGAUGCCGGAGGCCCAGGAUUUGGUGUCCUUUGAUAUUGUACCGUGGCACCUCACAGAACAGGAGUGGCUGAGUCUGAGUCUGAGCCCGGAGCAGCAGGCACUGGCAUAUUCCAGGGCUGUGACCUCCAUUGGAGUUCCUGUUGUGAGUCCUGCUUUGGUAUCUCACCUGUCACAAGGACAAGUUCUGUUGGUAUCAGAGCCAUCCCUCAGCACAGAUCACACUAAGCAAGCUGAAAGCACCUCUGUGACCUCCCACCAGAAGAUGGGUGAAGAAGCCCAGCUGCAAGAGAUGGCGUCCACGAGCUCCCCGAGGGCCAAUGACCCCAGCACUGAGGUCAAACAGAAUGGGGACUCUGGGGGAAGGGGGGGGAGCCCACAAAAUCUGCCCAUAGAACACCAUUUUGCAUGUAAAGAGUGUGGGGACACCUUCCGCCUUAAAGUGCUCCUUGUUCAGCACCAGAGGGUUCACAGUGAGGAGAAGGGCUGGGAGUGUGGCGAUUGCGGGAAGGUCUUCAGGGAGGUAUCAGAAUUUAAUGAGCACAGGAAGAGCCAUGAAGCUCUGGCUGCUCAGCCCCUGCCUGGCCCCAGUCAGGCUCUGGAAGAUGCCUUGGAAAAGAGGGAGCAAAUGGAGAGGGAGGCGAAGCCCUUUGAGUGUGAGGAGUGCGGGAAAAGGUUUAAGAAGAAUGCAGGCCUUAGUCAGCACCUGAGGGUGCACAGCAGAGAGAAGCCCUUUGAUUGUGAGGAGUGUGGGCAGUCUUUCAAAGCCAACACCCACCUCUUUCGACAUCAGAAGCUUCAUACUUCGGAAAAGCCCUUUGCGUGCAAGGCGUGCAGCAGGGAUUUCCUGGACCGCCAGGAACUUCUCAAGCACCAGCGGAUGCACACGGGCCACCUGCCCUUCGACUGCGAUGACUGCGGCAAGUCCUUCCGUGGUGUCAACGGCCUGGCAGAGCACCAGCGUAUCCACAGCGGCGCCAAACCCUAUGGCUGUCCUCACUGCGGCAAGCUGUUCCGGAGGAGCUCAGAGCUCACCAAGCACCGGAGGAUCCACACGGGUGAGAAACCCUAUGAGUGCAGCCAGUGCGGCAAGGCCUUCCGCCAGAGCUCCAGCCUGCUGGAGCACGAGCGCAUCCACAGUGGUGAGCGGCCUUACGCAUGUGGUGAGUGCAGCAAGGCAUUCAGGGGGCCUUCUGACCUCAUCAAGCACCGGCGCAUCCACAGUGGACUGAAACCCUAUGAGUGCGACAAGUGUGGCAAGGCCUUUCGGAGGAGCUCAGGCCUGAGCCGCCACAGGCGGAUCCACAGUGGAGCCAGGCGCUGUGAGUGCAGUGAGUGUGGUCGUGUAUUCAAGAGGCGCUCAGCACUGCAGAAGCACCAGCCCUCCCAUCAGGAGUAGACAUUGCCUUGGGACCUAUAGCAGGGGUCCACAGAGGCUAUGGCCCAGUCAAAGGAGAUAAACAGUUUUGUAGUGCUUAUCUAUUUUAUUGUGUGAGAGGUUGGAAUGAUUUGUACUGCCACCAGCAAUUUAUAAAUGUUCAUGUUACCCACUACAACUAUUGAGGGUAACUUUUACCAUUUUAACAUAGCUUGGCUACUUUUCCUGGCAGAUAGUACUGUCAAGGUAUUUUAAUCUUCACAUCUAGAAUGAGAAGAAAAAUCUGCAUAUGGGGGUCUAGUAGGGAGAUGAGAAGUCCUUUUCAAGCUCUACCCCUGAGGACUGUUCAAAAGGCAUCAAUAUGAUGAUGCACCUUUCUUGAAAGGAAAAUUGCCCCAAGAUUUUUGGCCUACUUGAAUUUAUAAAAGUUUAGGGAUGUAAAUAGAUCAAAUGCCAUAAUAUUUAAUUUAUUAGUUUAUAAGAUACAUAUUGUUUGUAAAUCACACUAUAUGGAAUAAUAUAUUAAUUUAGAGAAUACUCUUUCUCACCAUACUCCAUUUGUUUCUAAUUCUUGAUGUGCAUUUUUGACCUCACCAACAUGGGAACCUGUUUGAGUCAUCAGUCCCCUCUGUUUUGAGCUAUGGUAGCACUGUGACAAUCCCUGCAUGAGGCUCUCAACGGAAGUUUCCUCUCAAGCCAUAAAAACAUAUUCAUAUAACAUUAGAACCAUUACUUUGUGUUUUUAAAUUAGUACUGUACCUACAACAUAACCACUUAGAGUUGUGCUUUCCCAAAUGGCCUUUAAAAAGGCCUUUUUUUGCAUUUCAUACAUUACUCUUGGGUCACACUCCUAGUAAAACUUACUAAGCUGGAGAUAAACCUUUUUUUGUCUCUCAUUUUGCUAAGCCGAUUUAAUCCAAUGUCCCCUAUGAACACCAUAAACAUCAGUUGGGGUUUGUCCUCACAUGGUAUCAUCUUGUUCAAAAUAAAGUGAGAUAGCACCCCCAAAUGAGAAGUACAUCAUCAGGACUUAAGGUGAAGUGACUCCUCCUUCUUAGAAGAUCCUCACCUGAUAUCAGACAUAAAUGGUACUUCUCCAACCCUCCAAUUGCAGCUGUGAAGUGGGGAGUAGUCGUAGUCCCUACCUCCUAAGGUUCUCCAGGAGUGUGCCUGCCUGCAAGAAUGUUGCCUGGCAAGGAGGUAUACUCAGUGAAGGUCACUUGCUGACAUCCCACAACUCAUUAGUGCCAGAAACAAGGAUGGACCCUCAGGCCUCCUGACUAUUAGUCUCAUCUUUCAUGCUAUGACUUCAGUACUAUUUCUGUUUUCUUGCAUGCAAAUUAUCCGUUCAUCUCCUUUGACUAGAUAUCAAGUUACCUUUGGAUAUAUUGACUUUAUAUAGUAGUUCUUUCUAUAUCAAUUGUGAUGUUAUUUUCCAAUUUUUAUUGCUUUGCUUUUUUUAGUACUUUUAUUACAUUUUUGUUGUGCAGUCUUUGGUUUUUUUGUUUUUUACGUAUCCUUGAAUUUUUUCUUGUCUGUUAACUUGUGACUUUCAUUGCUUCAGUACUUAGAUAUGAUGACAUUUUCUUUGAGAAUUUACUUAUAAAAGAAAAGCUAAAUCCCUUGUCCACUAAGAAAGUGAACAUACAAGGUGGGCAGGCUGAAUGGGAGUGGACCAGAGAAGCAGGCCCAUGCCUCAUCCGAGAUGCAGACUCUAUAUAUGUCUGUGGACCGCACGACUAUACAACCUGGCCACUGAGGCACACUAGAGACAUGUCUAUCACACAUUGCUCAGAACACUCUGUGACUGCUCAUCAUUAUAGCCCCAGCCAUAGGGCUCAGCUUCACCUAGACCAAUAGAAUGGUCCAAAUAUGAUCUGGCAGCAGCCAGCCAUCCUUCAAGCUAUCAGGAGCCUUGACAUUUUGGAUUCAGUGAUUGAGCAGCAGCUCCACCUAAGAAACAUCUCAGACACAGAAGACUCACCUGACUGGUGUGCUAUAUGACCUCUAUCCUCCUCCCAUCAAGGGACUCUGGAAUGAGAGAGAUCAGUUUUGUAGUUUUGUAGUUACCCAUGUGUUCUGCCAUCACUUCCUGCAGCCACAUUUAAGGGACGACAACAUAGGCCUGGAGAGAAAUGGAGCUGUGUUCCUCCUGUAGCCUGCAUGCCAUGCCACAGAAGUUGCACCUGGUUGCACCAGGUCUGGUCCAGGACUUGGAAUAGCCAUGCCCAAGAGGGGCAAUAAAACAAGAUCAGAGGGCAAGAAGCCCUUCUGACAGUCCGUGGAGCACAGAAAUCGAAACUGAUCAGCCUGCAGUUGGGCCUCGCUUCAGGCAGCCCCUAUAGGAGAAACAGCAGGUGGGGAAGAGAGCUACACCAAGGCUGUGGCCUGAGUUUCCAGUUGUGCCUUAAGGGGUGUUGGAAGGCCAGAAAAUGUGCCCUUAUGGCGGCCUAGUAAGGGAGCUUGGGCUCUCCAGGGCAUAGCCUGGAAGGGCUCCCAGCCCAUCCUGGGAAGCAAGGUCUGACUGAUAAUGACCUCCAUGACCUUGGCCAGAAGGGCCUCUCUAAUGCCUGCAGGCUACCAUAGUGGCUCUGUGGGCCUUCUCCAGGUUGAGAGAAGCCAACAGCAGUUGCUGCACAGCAACUCCUAUUGCUCUGUGGUCUCAAUUCUGGUGGAUUCUUGUGAAUUGGUCUGGACCCACUUCUUUCUCAGAUUACUCUUCUCAUUGUGAGCUGUUAGGACAUGUUUUGUACAAUUAUUGGGUAAGGAAUGUUAACAUCAAAAGGAACAAAUCUGGUACCUUUGCCUUGAAGGAUAUGCCAUUUCUUGCUCAUUUGCUCAUCAUUUGUCAAGGUUGACAAAAGGUAUUAUUGAAGUCUAGAGUAGCACUAACUCGGAAGCCAGCAGUGUGAUCACUGUCCAGGGCAUGCCCUAGGACAUGACAUCUCUUCACAUCCCUUCCUGCCCUCUUUGACUCUUUUCUAGUUUGGAUUCUGUAAUUUUUUCUUGAACAAAUCCUUGUUUUAGAGUUAACACUAUAAACCAGUGUUCUUUCCAUGACUAUUAUUGGAUCAGCUUUUAAAUGGUGUUGGUGAUGAAAUCCCUACUCUUUCUCUGAAUGCAAUCAGUGUGUGACUUUAACAUGUGGCUCAUAGUUGCAUCCUUUGCCUUGGGUAAUGUGGGGGUGGUUUUCCUUGGACCCUCUAGGUGUACUGCUAUGUCCCAUGCAAAUGUGAGCAAGCUUCUUGAAGUGUGUGCUUGUCUAUGCAUCCAUGUAUCUACCUCAUUGCACUUUUCUUUCUAACCACAUAUAUUCUUGAAAGGGAAUGGAGAGCGGCAAGAUUACAUAGAAUUCUGGCUCCCUGUAGAGAUCCAUUUCUUUACAAUAUUAAGAAAGAAACCCUGUGUGGCUUUUAUUAGAGUUUGUAAUACUUGCUGAAAUUUUUUAAAAAGCAAAUGUUUACCAUUUUGCUGCUUAUUAUGAUUAACUAUAUCAAUUAAUUGUAUUAUAUCAAUUAGUUGUAUAAUACCCACUCUUGAAUUUACAGAAUAAUCCCCACCAGAUCACAGUGUGAGCAUCUUUCUCCCAUGAUACUGAAGUCUGUGUGCUUGAUUUUUUGUGCUUGAAAUGGCAUGACACCUGACCUGCCUGCAGUCCUUGGCUGUGGCCCUGUUGUGUGCUACAUGACUCACCACCCCACUUUUGGGCCACAUUAAUUAAGCCAAUCCCAGACACCUGACCCAAAGGCAGCAACCAUCAGUCAGACCUGAUUGGAGAAGAUGGGCUUGGCCUUUUAGGCAUAUGAAAUGCAACAGAGGAAGCUGAAGCCUCAAGGUAUUUCAAGGAGUUGCCCCUGUGAGUAGAACCAUAGUGGAGAUCUACAUGUUCCUGCUGUCCUGCCCAGAGCUACUUGGGUCUCACUCUGAGGGAGGCCUGGAUAUAUGUUCCUGGAUUACUGGUAGCUGCCUGCAUCAGUCUAUGUGUGCAUAUACUUCCUCCCAUUUGCCUUGAGCCAGCUUGAGUGGGUCUGUGCUUUUUGAAAUUUGCCAAGAGCCAAUUGCAUUUGACAAUUGGGUGGCUUCCUGAGAAGGCUUGUAUUGCUGGCUUUCCUCACAUUCUACCCACCCAGCAUUCCUGGCCUCAAUCCCAGUUUGAUUGACAUGAACACCUGUUUAAAUGUGGUACUGUAUUCUGUUCACUAAGAUGGGUGGAACUCUAUGCCUUUUAGUCUCUGGGUUUAACCCAUGAUCUUCUGUAUGAGUGUAGUUCCUUUUCCGAACAGCAUUUGGCUUAUAAGAUGAGUUCAUUGUAGCCUGUUCUACUAUUUUGGAAGUGUUUUACUGUUCCCAGCAAACCUGCUAGAUUAGGGGAUUGAUAACACCUCUAUCCUAGUGUGCUUACAUUCUGUAGUUUGCAUUAUGUUGGUUUGGGUACUUACUUUCAAAAAUAAAAAUGGUAUCUUUCAACUUGAUCCUCAAUGCUACUUGCAUAUCUUUGAGAAUAGUAGUUGUGUCCUACCCGGUUUGUAUUCAGUUUGGGGCAUUCUUGUUCUUCCCCAGUCUGAUUAUCUUGUCUGUUUUAUGGCACUCACUAUAAUCAGCCUUGUACUAGAGCUGUUUGUGGACUUUGCUUCUCCUCUCCUUUUCUCAGCCUUCCCCAAACUAUUAGAUUGUGAGCUCUCAGAAGACAGGGGUGGCCCUUCAUGUCUAAUCUCCUACGAAAUCUAGCACAGUGCCUUGCAUCUAGUAGAUUUCAAUAAAUAUAUGUUAAAUGGCA